CGCGACCCAGACAGACCUCGGCCCGGGGGCCCAGCCGUGAGAGCCGCGUCGUGAUUGGCUGAGCGCCGCCUUCCUUUUGAGACUCGCCCUCCUAUUGGCUGGAUCCGGGCGAGACGCUCAGCGCACAAUGUCUACCCGCUUUUGUUAUUGUAGCGAGCGGCCAGGAUGCGGAGACACCGAGCCUGAUACUCCGCUAUCGACUCCGAUACACUCAGAUUAGAUGUUGGAGGGGGAAGGGGGCACGAUUUACUACCUCUCCGUCCUUGUCCAGAAGACAGCUUUUCGCUAUUCUCCGACAAUACGACCGAUGUAGCAGCAGGAUGUCCGUGAACCCUCCCAACAGUAAUGACGCCUGCCUCAGUAUCGUGCACAGCCUCAUGUGCCACAGGCAGGGCGGCGAAAACGAGGGCUUCGCCAAGCGUGCCAUCGAGAGCCUGGUCAAGAAACUGAAGGAGAAGAAGGACGAGCUGGACUCCCUCAUCACUGCCAUCACCACCAACGGAGUCCAUCCCAGCAAGUGCGUGACCAUCCAGAGGACGCUGGACGGACGCCUACAGGUUGCCGGUCGUAAAGGUUUUCCUCAUGUAAUCUACGCGCGGUUGUGGCGCUGGCCCGACCUUCACAAGAACGAGCUGAAGCAUGUGAAAUUCUGUCAGUACGCAUUCGACCUCAAGUACGAUAAUGUCUGUGUGAACCCUUACCAUUAUGAGCGAGUGGUGUCACCAGGCAUCGUUGGCCUCAGUCUUCAAAACACGGGUCCCAUUGGCAGACUAAUAAAGGAGGAGUACAGCCACGACUGCAUCCAGAUGGACGUUCCCCCAGGCCUGCCUCCUCAGCAGGACCACCAGGGGGCGAUGAAACUCCCUCCUCCGGACCACUACGGCCAGCCACUGCCUCCUCUACAGCUGCCUUCAGAACCCAGCCGCGCACCUCCACCGGUCACCCUUUACUCCAACAUGCCCCUCUCCCCCACCGCUUCAGGCUCUAUGAUGCCGAUGCAGGGAGGUCACGGUGAAGGCUUACUUCAGAUAGCGUCUCCUCAGGGUCAAGUCAUGACCCCUACACCUCCCCCCUCCACCCCCACACAUGGACCCCCACAGACCCCCGUCCCACCCCAGCCUCCACCCAACCAGAACGGCUACAACAGCUCCAAACACUCCCAGACGCAAGGCUCCUUUCACACAGCAACCUGGACAGGCAGCAGCACAGCCUCCUACACUCCUGUAGGACCCCAGCAAAACGGACGCGGCCACCAGCCUCCUCUCCAUCACCCACACUUCUGGUCUCAACAUCACAGUUCAGCAUCUUUCCCCCCUCCAGUCUCCAACCAUCCAGGUCCUGAGUUUUGGUGCUCCGUCUCGUACUUCGAGAUGGAUGUGCAGGUGGGGGAGAUGUUUAAAGUGCUGUCCAGCUGUCCGGUGGUGACGAUUGACGGGUAUGUGGACCCCUCAGGAGGCGACCGCUUCUGCCUGGGUCAGCUCAGUAAUGUGCACCGCACAGACGCCAGUGAGCGCGCCAGGUUGCACAUAGGUAAAGGAGUGCAGCUGGAGUGCCGCGGCGAGGGCGACGUGUGGAUGCGCUGCAUGAGCGAUCAUGCUGUCUUUGUGCAGAGUUACUACCUGGACAGAGAAGCGGGUCGAGCGCCCGGAGAUGCAGUGCACAAGAUCUACCCAGGGGCCUACAUAAAGGUCUUUGACCUCAGGCAGUGCCACAGGCAGAUGCAGCAGCAGGCGGCCACGGCGCAGGCGGCGGCGGCAGCACAGGCCGCGGCGGUGGCAGGGAAUAUUCCAGGACCAGGAAGUGUUGGUGGAAUCGCUCCUGCAGUCAGCCUCUCGGCAGCAGCAGGGAUUGGUGUGGAUGAUCUCCGGAGGCUGUGCAUCCUGCGCCUGAGCUUCGUGAAGGGCUGGGGUCCUGACUACCCCCGGCAGAGCAUCAAGCACACCCCCUGCUGGGUGGAGGUGCAUUUGCACCGGGCGCUGCAGCUGCUGGACGAGGUGCUGCACACUAUGCCACUGGCAGACCCUGGACCAGCUAACUGAGAGCCAACAAUACACAGCUAACACUCACCACACAGAAACUGGACGCAUUACAGUAAGCGUGCGAAGAGCAUUACCUGCUACAGUGUGCUUUGCACUUUUAUCAGUCAUUAGAAUCCCAAUGAAAACACCACAGAAAUUCACUAUUCUAAAAUUCAUGGUUUGGAAAGAUACUUCAGUGCAUUUUCUUGUUCUAUAGUGAAAUGUUGCAUUGCUUUUCGGGUUCAUCUCACAAAAACAUGUCUAGGUCAUAUUUCGCUCUAAUAUUAAAAAUAUGGGGCAGAACAUUUCUGGAAACUUUCUGGACAAAAAAAAUUAAAAUUCACAAAAUUUCCCAAAAAAUCUAGAAAGUUUCUGGAAAUUCACCAAACAUUUACUGCCUCUUUGCAGCCCUAAUUAUGACAUUAUUUAUAAUUAAUUAAGCACUUUUGUUUUAUUAAAUUCAGCAUAAAUUAAGGAAGGUCCAACAAAUAUAAUUACAAUUACAGUUAUACAAAUAUAAUAAUUCAUAUUUGUACAUUAAUCGUAGUAUUUUUUUCAACAGUCAGGUAGUAUUCUCAUUAAAUAUUUAAAAGAAUAAUUAUGUUAUAUAUAAGAAUAAUAAAUAAUAAAAAAAUAAAAGAAUAAUAAUGUUAGAUAUAUUAUAUCAUGAUAAUUUUUUAAAUAUUUAAUUUGAUGAAAAUUGUGGGAAAUAUGAUUGAUUCAUCAUUUUUUUUUUUUGCAUUUUCUUUAUACAGAAUAUCAUUUUCUAUUUCUUUCUCGUUUUUAUGGUGAAAUAUGACUUUGACAUGUUCUUGAUGGGAUUUGUGAGACUCAUCCGUUCAAAUUAGAUGUAUAUACCUUAGCGCUACAGGUCUACUAAUGAAUGCAAGUUUACACAGGGUUGAUUGCAUAUUAAUUUCAGGGAAAUAGCUUUAUUGUUCAUAUGCCUUUGUAGCUUUGCACAUCAUGCAGGUAUACUAAGAAUAUUAGAGCCUAAUAGUUUUGCAAUACUGGUAGAAAAAGCUUAAAAUCUGUCCUUGCAAGAAUUUAAUUUAGGGGUCAGUCUCUGACCAUAAAACAAAAGGCAAGAAGAACUCCCGCUUUUGCAGUGGCCUUGGUUCCAGAAGUAUUUUUCCAUUCAUUCACUCCAAGAGAGUUCAGAGCCACAAGAUGAACAUUACAAAGCAUGCAUUUAAAUGACUUUGUAUACUAUAUAUUUGAAGUUUAUUGCAAAAUAUUUGUUCAAAUAUGGGCAGUGAGAUUGACUCGAAUCUCUGUGGAGAAAAUGAAUGGUAUUUUUACUUUUGGAGCCAUACGGUUGUGCUCUAUUACACUCUGGUAUCACACACAACUCAGUCAAAGACGACACAAGUGAGGAAGAGACUUUUCGACCUCCAUUCAAGUGUUUUGCAUAAACUCAGAAUAUCUUGAGAUCCACGGGUUUGGUAGCACUAAAUGCCUCAGAGCAAAUCGCUAUAUUGGCGCUGGUCACUUCAGGAAGCAUUGGAAAGGAUCAGCUGAUGUAGAUGCAAACCUGCUUCUGAGAGACAAACAUAACCAGACAGAUAACAGGACAAACUGUCAAAACAAAGCGCUCAUCAUCUCUGUGCUUGUGCUGUGCUCCUCUACAUGUGGACCUCAACUCAGCUAUGAUGCGGCUUACUAUCCAGGCAUCUUAUUAGUUAGACUUGCAAUAGCCUUCCAGCUCCUUUAUUUUCAUACCAAAAAAAGAAGAAAAAAAUUUGUUCAGCUUUAAAAUGGUGGUAAUAGUAUUGUGACGCAGUUCGGUGUUUGUAACCAAAUCAUUUGCCAUGUGGUGUAAGUCACCAAAGCCAGAUUACCUCAUGAUAAUCAAGCAUGAACCCAGCGGAUUUUACUUUAUGCCAAGAUGUGUCUGGAAUCUUCUACUUUCUGGACGUCAUGCUCACCUCAUACUUUAACCAAAUCAAAACAGGGCGUGUCUUGAACCGAAUGUAGAGCCGUGAUGCACCGACUGACCGAUUUCAAACAACGGGUUUUUGCCAACACCAGUAACUCAGCUUUAGCUUUUAUGUCAUCCAGACACUCAUGUCUGGAUUGUGACCAAAAUUCAGCCCCAUACCACUUUAACAUUUUGCAAACGGGUAGAACAUCUAAACUUCAAACUUUGAGCAAUGAACAUUAUUGUUUUGCUGGCUUCCCAAAUUGAAAUGUCUAUAUUUUACUGUACACUUACAGGAAAUUAUGCAUUUAUUGAAAGACCAUUCAUUUUGGUUUAUAUAAGAUGUAUGUCCAGUACAAAUGCAAAUAUUUAGUAACUGAAAAUUUAAUUGCAAAAGUAGAACCUCAUUAUAGAAUGUUAAAGUCAACAUGAAAUCAAGAUUCAUCCUGUUCACUUUCUUAACACGUGUUCCUGAUCUUAUCUUAUUGACACCACAGGAAUAAGUUACAUUUUCAAAUAUAUUUAAAUAGAAAACUCUUAUUUUAGAUGGUAAAAAUAUUUCAUUAUUAUUUUUGUUUUUACAGAGCACCAGGAGACGUGGGAAUGGAAGAAAAUAUGAGAUGGGAGGAAAAACAAUAUUAGUACAAUUAUAAAAAUUGUAUUUUAAUUUUAUAUUAUAGUAUUGCAUUCCACCAAGAAACCUUCUCUCACAAAUUUGCGUAAUUUGCGAUCUCUUGCAAACAUUUGUGAUCUUAUAAAAUAUUUGCUAUCUCUUGCACAACAUUUGCAAUCUCUUAGAAAAUAUUUGCACUUUCGUAAAAAAAAAGGUGAUUUCUCACAAAAAUGUGAAACAUUUGCGAAGUUACACAACAUUUCCUCUCUCUUGUAAAACAUGAAAUCUCUCACAAAAUAUUUGCAGUUCCUCGUUCUUGUAAAUCAUUUGCGAUAUUGUGUAAUAUUUGCCAUCUCUCGUAAAAUAUUUGAGAACGUGUAAAAUAUUUGCGAUCUCUUGCACAACAUUUGUCAUCUCGAAAAAAAGUAUUUGCAAUCUCUUGCAAAAAAAAUGUCAGUCUCAUAAAACAUUUGUGAGGUCACACAAAAUUUGCCAUCUCUUGCAAAAUAUUUGCGCUUUCGAAAAAAAAAAAAAAAAAGCGAUUUCCUUAAAUAUUUGCGAUCUCCCGUAAAACAAUUGCAGUUUCUCGCAAAAAUGUUUGUUCUUGUAAAUCAUUUGCAAUAUUGCACAAUAUUUGCCAUCUCUCGCAAAUAUUUAAGAACUUGUAAAAUAUUUGAGAUCUCUUGCACAACAUUUGUCAUCUCGGAAAAUAUUUGCAAUCUAAAAAAAAAAUUGUGAUAUCUUGCAAAAAAUCUUUAGUCUUGUAAAACAUUUGCAAGGUCACACAACAUUUGCCGUCCCUCGUAAAAUGUGAAAUCUCUCACAAAACAAUUGUGAUCUCUCGUAAAACAAUUGCAAUGUUGCACAAUAUUCACCAUCUCAUGUAAAUGCUCGAUCGCUCACAAAAUAUUUGCGAUUUCUUGCAAACAUUUGCCAUAUCUUGGAAAAUAUUUGCAGGCUUUUGAUAAAAAGUGAUUUCUUGGAAAAAAAAAUUUGUGAUUUCUCGCAAAAAAAUUUGAUCCUGCAAAAAUUUGCAACGUCACACAAUAUUCGCCAUGUCUUGUAAAACACGCAAUCUCCUGUAAAUCUUGUAAAACAUUUGUGACGUCUGCUAAACAUUUACGAUCUCUUGCAAAACAUUUGCACAUCUCAUAAAAUAAUAUGCAGUGGCUCAUAAAACAAUUGCGAUUUCUUGUAAAUCCUUUGCGAUCUCUCGUUAAACAUUUUUGUUCUCUCAAAAACGUAUUGUGUUAAACUAAGAAGCUUUGCAUUAUUGGGAAAAAAAAAAAGCUUUGAUCACUUGCAAAAAAUUUGAAGAACUUUAGCGAGAGAAUACAAAAGCAUUAAAAUACUAAUUUUCCUCCCAUCAGCAUGUCCCUUUCGGGUCUCUGUAGUUUUUACUGCAUUUUUGAUCAAAUAAAUGCAUAUUUCUUAUAAAAACAUUACAAAAUCUCACCAUCCCCAAACUACUGAACAAUAUUGUCUACGACGCCCACUAACUACAGUAUUUGGCUGAGGAAUAUGUAACGUCACGGGAGUAAAUGCUUUGCAAAUGGCAUUUCAUGUUGACUUUAAUCAGUGCUUGAAAAGUGUUAUCUGUGAUUAGUCACAACUUAAGAGAAACUAAGGAUCGUAUGAUGUUCUGCGUUCCCAGUAUUGUUUCCAUUGUAGUAAUCUUUGUGCCUUUCCUUUGUGCUCCUUUAUUCAUAGAUAGAUUCUGCAAUUACUAAAAAGCCCUUCCCAGUGAUUCUCAAGUUGAUUAUGAACAUCGCAAACCUUCUAUUGGUCUGAAAUGUUCCAGUAGUUAUAAGCAAUGAAGUACGUCAGGGAUGUUUAAGUCGUCUUUCGGGUUUCGUUUGGACCCCACGUGACGUUUGUAAAUUGGGCGAUGCAAAAGAUGCAAACUCUUCAUCUGCAGGGUUGUUCACAUCGGCUCAGGUCACGUUGAGAAUUAAGAGCCUUUCGGGAAAUUUAUUGUAAAGCAUAAUGCCUUGUUUUUUCUUUUUCGUGGCCGUCAGUUGCUAUAAAACAUUAAAUUUCGAUGUCAGGUAUGCUCAUUGUUCCGAUGAGUGCCUUUGUGCUGUAUUUCAUCGGAUACGUGCUACAUAUACAUGCGGAUUAAAUGCUAAUUACAGUAAAGCUGUAGUUUUAAUACAGAUUUCAAAGGCACUUUGCAUUGUACACGAUCAGUGUUGAGUUCUCUUUAAACCAGUAGGCUAUCUUGAGGUCAUUUUGGGUGAAAUAGAUUUAAGCUCUCGCAUUACACAUCAAAUGGACACCUCGGUGUUGUAAAAACUUAUGUGUUGUAUUUACAGAUAGAAACCUUUAUUAAAUAGACAAAGGCAGGUAUCUAAAUGUCAUUAGCAACUUCAGUGCAUAGCUUGAUUAGAUUUACAAGUAUUAUUGGUUUAAACCGUUUGCCAAUUAUAUUAGAUGGUUCUCUGACAUUUUAUGGUUUAUUUUGCCUUAAAAAAAAUUAUAUUUUGGAAUCGUACAGUUACUACUUCCAUUGUAGAGUAACUUAUCUCUCCCUCAUUAGCUACUGUGUUCUGCACUGCAAUUUAGAUUUCAUUCACUGUAUCAAAGGUUUAGAAAUGACUUUUCGUUCAAGUCCAAAGGACGACUUUUUUUUCCCCCUCAAAAAUAUGUGGCCUGGCUCCUUGUAACACUUUAACUAGAAUGUGUGUGUGUUUUUUUUUCACUGAUGGCGCAUACUGUAUUGUGUGAGGAUACAACCAACGCGUGUGUCAGUCACAUGACAAUCACCCACCUGGAAGUCCGGUCAACAGCAUUCCAUCUGAAAACUGUUUCUUACAAGUGUUUAUCAGUAUGUUAUCCGGUGUGAAUAUAUUUGAAUUGACUAUUUUAUUGAUAUUGUCAUUUCAAUUCUUGUUGUUAUUAUAAUUAUUCUAUUGUUAAAGGACAUUCUGCUCCUGUAUGUUGACUGUACACCAAAGUAAAAAAAAAAAAAAAAAUCAUUUUGAUACAGA